AUGGAGACUCUGCAGUGCGACGACAUCGAGAGGAGGGCGGCUGCGAGCAGCGAAGAGAGGGAGGAGAAGCGUUUUGGAGAGGAGGCGUCGCAGGCCUCGUCAGUGCAGGUCUCUAGCGCAAUGAUUCUGACGGACGGCUUUCUUCUCCCGUCCUCUUUCUCCCCGUCUGCCUCUCCUUCCUCACCGUCUGUUGCGUCUGUUCUCGCAGCAAGACGCUCGUCGCUUCUGUCUUCAGCAACAGAUCACGAAGAACCUGCCUCUCCCUCCCGAAACUCGGCUCCUUCUCUUUCUCUACCUCCUUCUGCUCAUCCUCUCCCUUAUCCUUCCUGUCGUCCUCCUUCUCCUUCUCCUCCUUCUGUUGGCUCUCCCUCUUCUUCCCCCUUUUCUCCUUUUUCUCUGCCUUCCUCUCCUUCUCGUUCCGUGGCUUCUCCUCCCCGGCCGACUGGCUUUUGUCUCUCUCGCCUGCGAACUGGGUUUGUGUGGGGUCGCGAGAAGAUUGGAAACAUUUGGAUUCUCUACCUCAGUCCUCGUCCGGGGGGCCUCGUGCUCGUCGUCGGUCCUCACUGGCCGUUCGCCGUCAUCAUGUUCGGCUUGAAGGCGGCGAUUUGUUGUGCCUUUCUCUUCGUCGUCGGCGAGAACAUCAACUCGAGUCGCGCGCUGUUCACGGGAGGCGUGCUCCUCUGCGGUCUCAGUUUCCUCUUGUUCGUCUCAACUGUUUUGAAGGAUCCAGGGAUUCCACGAAUGAGGGCGCCUGCGACCGAGGUCGGAGGAGACAGGGACUGGACGAAACGGCAGGCGCAUGCUCGCGCUCCACGAGACCUCGAACUCGGGCACGUCGGCGAACGGAACAGAAGAAGAGAAGCACAAGAACUCGCGAGUUCUCUGGAGGCGAAAACGACAAAGUUGUCCACUCCAGACCUCCCGGCGUCUCUUCUCCUGCCCCCGCUCCCUCCUUCCUCUUCUUCCUCUUCUUCCUCUUCGUCCUCUUCGUCCUUUUCUGCCGGUGUCCAGUCGGCUGACACUGCCGCAGACGCCGAUGGAAAAAGCACCCCCCCGACGUUUCAUCCGCAGACUUCUCUGUCUUCUUCUUCCUGUUCUUCUUCGUCUUCUUCGUCGCCGCUCUCUGCAUGUGCCCGCGGCCUGCGGUCUCCCGCGCUCCACGGUGUAUGCACACCUCGGGCGGAGUCGCUCGCCGCCGAGCGAGAAGCCGAGGCGGGAGUCAGGGAGCCUUGCCCGCGUCUUUUUGCGACUGAGCUCAUGAUGCGCGCCAGCCCGCGCCGCGAACGUCGAGGUGUGCGUACGCCGCGGCUCGGCGCGGACGCGACGAAGCCUCUCCGCGAGAGACAUGCUCUUUCGACCGACUCUUCCUCCAGCUGGGAAGAGACAGGAGAACGUGAAGAGGAAGCGGACCUUGAAGAAGAAGAAGAAGAGUAUGAGAACUUUGCGUGGAGUCGAGCCGGGAUGCGUUAUGCGCGUUUGUCAGCGAAGACGGCUCGGCGGCCAGGGCAACAGAGACAGAGGGGGAGGACUCGACGCCCAACUCGCUUUCGAUUUCUCCAGAGACGCGCGAGAUGCGCGUCGGUCGCCCAGAGCGAGGACGGCUCGUCGCUCUCGGCCGCCAGCGAGUGGAACUCGCGCUCUCUCUCUUCUUCUUCCGUUUCGUCUGAGGAAGAACGCACGAAAAGAGCGACGCGAGCCUCUCGCCGCUUCGCUCGCCGCCAACCGUCCCCAGAAGGCGGCUCCGCGCCCGAGGUGUAUGGACAGCGCAGCGGAGCGGCGCGCGAUGGGGCGUCUCGGCUGCCUGGUCUCUUCUGUCGCGAAUGCCGGAUCUUCCCACCCGCAGGCUCUGUGCACUGUGACGACUGUCGCGUCUGUAUCGAAGGCUACGACCACCAUUGCCCGUGGACGAGCAAGUGCGUAGGAAAGGGGAACUCCAGGGAGUUUCAUGCGUGGAUCAUCUUGUCGCUCGUCACCAUCUUCUACUACGGCUUGGCCGCCGCGUUCCUCGGAAAAGAAGACAGACCCCCCGCCGUCGAAGAGCGGACCGCAAUCUUCAGAGGCCGACACCCUGACGGAGAGUGA